ACCUCGUUGCGCCCGAGGGAGCAAGAUGGGUCACCAGCAGCUCUACUGGAGCCAUCCCAGAAAAUUCGGUCAGGGUUCUCGUUCUUGCCGCGUCUGCUCAAACCGGCACGGUCUGAUCCGGAAAUACGGCCUCAAUAUGUGUCGCCAGUGUUUCCGUCAGUACGCGAAGGACAUAGGCUUCAUUAAGUUGGACUAAGUGAACUUCCAUGAAUGAAUCAUGCAAGCUAACUAACUUACAGCAGAAACAAUGUCAGGUCUUUGUACAUAAAAUAAAAAG